CUCAUUCCUCCCGCUCCCUAAUCCUGAAAUCACCGACCCUUCCUACGCUCGCACUUCUCAUACUAGCUGUCUCUCCUCCUCUGAGGAAGUCCGACCAUCAUGUCUUACGCUUCGCUGGACAAGCGCCGUAUCAACGGCCCCGAUCGUGUCUCGCAGCCCAUCUUUCGCGCGAGCGAGUCUGUUGCGCCGGGCGAGGCUGCUAAUGCAAAGGGAAAGAGUCGACAGGUCGAGGAGAGGAGCAAGAGAGGGGAUGAUGGUGUGAGACCGAUAUUCCUCCAACUGAACCUCAUCCCCCAAGCGAACGGCUCAGCAUACAUCGAGUGUGGUGGUCUGAAGCUGGCAUGUGCAGUGUAUGGACCAAGACAAGUGCGGAGCAAUAAUCGCCAGUACACGAAUCAGGCAGAGGUGAAUGUGGAAUGUCGGUAUGCGCCUUUUGCGGGGUCGAGCAGGGUGAAGCCUGGUAGGGACCUAGAAUCCACUGCCCUCUCCUCCCUGAUCCACACCUCCCUCCUACCGUGUAUCCGUCUGAACCUCCUUCCCAAAGCCUCCCUCGACAUCUACAUUACCAUUCUUGAAUCUGACGCUUCCCUCGAGGGAUGCGCCAGUCUAGCGAUCACGGCAGCCAGCGCUUCACUCGCCUCGGCAGGCAUCGAGAUGUGGGGGCUCUGCGUGGGAAGCAGCGCUGCCCUCGUUGACGUAGACGUAGACGUCGAUGGUGGAGCGGGGAAGUCGCAGAAAGGAAGGGAGAGAAGGACACUGGUGGAUCCGACGAGGGAAGAGGCAGCUCAGAGCUCGGGCACCGUUGCGCUUUGUAGUAUGCCCGCGCUGGGGAGUAUCACUUCGUUGGAACAGUCGGGGACGGUGUCAUUCGAGGAGCUGGAUCAGGUCGUUGAGACUCUCACCAAGACGUCAGCGCAGAUCCACCUAGUCGUGGCCGAAGCAUUGCAAGAGAUGGUCACGUCGCGUCGGCCGAGGUAGUAUCUUUUGUCCUGUAUAUCAGAACGAUCUCAAUACUAGACACUCGCAACCCUCAUUCACUCUCC